AUGAGGGCGCACUAUUUCACUUUGCGCAGAAAGAAACAACAAAUCGAGAAAGGGCAGAGGCCAAAGGUGUUGCAGAGUGAGCGUCGUCGAAACCGUUUGGCUGAGGUAAGAAUUCGAAUUUAUUUACUGAAUAUAACAUUUAGGCAGAGACACUUUUACAGUAAAAUUGCAAUAUUGCGAAGCAAUUUUUUCAAUGUUGAUUUUAAAUUAAAUUGCUUGUAGCAAAUUGCAACCGCUUUUGACAAGUUGCCGCGUGGCAGCUACAAUAUAUCGAAAAUAUAUUUUGAAGUUUAAAUGCUAAUGGCAAUUGUUCCGACAUUCAUGUGAAACUUUGAAUCGUGAAUUGAAUCAAUGUACCAAAUCACUCCAAAUGUAAUCUAAACCUACUGUAUUCAUGUUCAAGAACAAGUCUUUCCUGCAUGAUAAACAAAUAAAAUUGUUUUUUUAAAACAUCGUGUUUUUGUGCGUUUUGUAAUUAUAAAUAUAGUAUAGGCCGUGGGCCGUUGGCCAAAAUUAUUUCACUUCGUGGCAACCCCCUGGGGAAUAGUUUUUCUGUGGUUCAAUGCAUAGUACCAUAGAUUCUCGAUUACCACAAAAAGUUCACAAGCAAAAAACUUGCCAAACACGGAGAAAAUGGGUGAUCAAUGAUUAUCCUCUAUUAAAUUGUACCAUUGUCCUCUACUAAAUUGUAUAUACACGCGUUUGUAUAUCUGUGUUACAUAUGUAAGUUAUAUAUUUGUAUGUGUAUAUAAACGUUUGAAAAAUACAUAAUAGUUAGUUUUUAAGGAACUGUUCUGUAUUUUGUCUCCUAUUCUCCUUUCUUUUUAAAAUAAUCUUGUAUAUUAAAUUACAUAAGUUUCCUCGAUAAGCCCUAGCUGCUUUUGAAACAAAUGUAAAGUUUAUAUAUUGUUUAAAUAAAAAAAAUUGUAUUACAGCAAGAAAAUGUGAAAUUUUGUAUUCAAUUACAACAAAAAGGACUUGCAUCAUCAAAAAGCUUACAAAAAACAGCAUGUAAGACUUUUAAACAGUUUUUGACCCUUCAAAUAGUCUUUGAGUUAUUGCUGUUUUAAAUGUGAAAAUUGGACCAGAAUGUCGCAAUAAGGACUGGGUACUAGGUCAAAAACGCGUUUUUGACAGCGUAUAACUCGAAAAUAAUUUGAGGUAUAAAAAAACUGUUCAAAUGUCUUGUAUGUAGAUUUUUGUAAGCUUUCUGAUGAUGCAAGUCAUUAUUGCUGUAAUUGAAUAUAAAAUUCACAUUUUCUUGCUGAAAUACAAUUUAAUAGAGGAUAAUCACUGAUCACUCAUUUCCUCGGUGUUUGGCAAGUUUUUUGCUUGGGAACUUUUUGUUGUACUUGACAAUCUAUGGUACUAUGAAUUGACCCACAGAAAAUCUAUUCCCCGGGGGGUUGCCACAAAAUUGCUUUUCUAAGCACUUUUUCGCACAACGGCCCACGGCCUAGUAUGGCGCCCGACGAUUUAGUCCCGCUAUGCAAAAUUUCCGUGUUCAUUGACUGUGAAAACAAUCGAUUUCUAAAGAAAUGAGUCUGUGCUGCUAAUAAUUUUGAAUUUGCACAGCGGGGCUAUAAAUUGUCGGGUUGGCUUCGCCACUGAUAAUUUUUGUGCAUGUCAAUUACCCCACCUAGCUUUCGAAUGGUAAAUUUAAGAUUUUUCGUCGUGUAGCCUAAUUAUGCCUACUAAAUUAAAAUUUAGAAACGACCAUACUUGUAGAGAAAAAAACGAUAUGUUCGCAUGCACUGCGUUAUUUAUUUGCUGUUAUAGUGUGUUGCGUUGUGUUUUGAUGUCUCUAUAUAUAGUUAGUGAAAUAGUAAAUCUUUUAACUAAAAUUAUUUUAUUACAUACAGAAAGUACGCCGUCGAACUGACAUGUUAAAUAAAUCGACAACCUGGCCCGAAGCUGUCAAGGCUGAAAUCCGUAAUGGAUUAAAUAUUAAUUGCACGUCUCCCGAGCAAAGUGAGGAGGAAGACGGCGAGGAAAGUCAGCAAUCUGACUCGGACUCUGACGAAGAUGGACACGAAAGUAACAAGCGGAAGGUGAUAAAGGUCAGAGCACUAUCGUGGAGAAGCGAAAGGUUCACUAACAUUUUGAGUUCGUUGGAUCGUAAAUAUCUAAGAAAGAUAUCUGAGAGGGCGCGAUCGAUGAUGCAAGAAAGGAGAGCAGGAGAAACACUCGUACGCCAUGCACCAGACGACGUACCUGCCUGGAUGGUCAAAAGUUGA